AUGAAAGAAACAUUAGAAAGUGCAGUAACUUUUCUGGAUCAUGAAGGUGACUGUGGGGGUUGUUGUCUGUGCCAUACACAAUUUGAUGUCAGUAUCUCUUCAGACUCUGAUGAUGAUGGUGGCCACAGCAUUAGUGGUACUGUGGUUUGGUUCUUUCCUGUACAUUUGGAUGCCUGCCUUGUGCAAAUGUUUGGUAUUUACUUUGCUAGUGCCAUGGAAUCAACACUGCUCGUAUUAAUGGCUUAUGAUCGUUACAUUGCUGUGUGUAAACCUUUACGAUAUGCAUCAAUAGUGACAACUGAAUUUGUAUUUAAAGGAAGCUUACUUGCUGCAGUAAGGAGUCUUUGUAUUGUGCUGCCUAUAGCAAUACUUGCUAGGACAUUACCGUACAAUACUACGACAAUUGUUUAUAAUGUUUAUUGUGAGCACCUUGCUGUCAUCAAUGUAGCAUGUGCUCAUAAUGUCAUGAGUGAUAUCUACUUUUUCGUUUUAAUUGUUCUAGCAGGAUUGCCUGAUACAACAUUAAUUGGACUGUCUUAUUACAUGAUUAUCAGAACUGCAUUAAAACUGAAAUCAAGGGAAGCUCAAAGAAAGUUACUUAGCACAUGCAGCUCUCAUGCCUUUGUGAUUGCAACUUUUUAUCUUUUAGGGAUGCUUUCUUUUUUAUUACUUUUUGUUGAAGAUAAGAUGCCUGCAUAUAUCCGUGUUCUGUUUUCUUUUUUGUUUAUUUGUCUUCCUCCAACAUUGAAUCCUCUGAUAUAUGGUAUCAAAACAAAAGAAAUUCGGAGAGCAAUAAUUAAAACAUUUAAUACAUUUGUAAAAUAUUUGUAG